UGAGAGCAGUGUGAGGACAGGAGCGAGGUCGGGCGGAGGGCAAGCCUCUCGGCCCAGAGAGAGAGGGAGAGAGACAGAGACAGAGAGACAAAGAGAGACAGAGAGACAGAGAGACAGAGAGACAGAGAGGGGGGAAUAAAAGAGAUGGGGGGGCACACUAGGAAGCUUCCAAUAGGAUGUAAAGAAGUGCAUGUGUCAACUAAGGUUCUGGAGGAUGUGUAGGAGUUCGCUGGCAUGCCCUGCCCUACAGGAGGAAUUUCUUAGGCAUUUGCUCGGAUACCUAGAAAUCGAGGUUGUAUGUAAGGAGCAUGGUGUGAGGACAGACGGCUGCAGAGGCUGACGGAGCCUGGCUGCCGUACCCGCGGAACACGGAAGGUGUUAAAACAGGGGAGGUGCUGGAAGCGAGCGGCCAGUUCCGUUUUCUCCUGCACGCGGUUGCUUACAGCUCCGUCCGGUUUCCUCCAGAGUUAUUUUCACCUCCUUCCUGUUUGUCUCUGGCAGUUCAGAGAGAUGGGUCGGGUACCCAGGCUGCUCCCCGGAAACCACAUGUCAGAGCUGUGCCCAGCGCGGCAGCUCCAGCCCUCCCAGCCACCCCAUCCCACACCCCACAGAUACAGGGAGUUCAGGGAGGUGGAGGCCUGGGUCCGGCCUCACCCAGGAGCCUGUAAAGGCGGCGCCCUCCUGGAGAGGAUGGGAGCCCCUGCGCUUAUCUGGUCUCCCGGAUGGAGGCUGAGUCUGCUUUUCUGGGGAAACCUUAAUCUCCGACCUUUCUGUUUUUUCUUUUUUGUUUUUUUGUUUCUUUGUUUUUGAGACAGGGUUUCUCUGUGUAGCCCUGGCUGUCCUGGAUCUCACUCUGUAGACCAGGCUGGCCUCGAACUCAGAAAUCUGCCUGCCUCCCAGAGUGUUGGGAUUACAGGCCUGCGCCACCACCGCCGGCAUCUCUGGCCUUUCUUUAUCCAGGCAUCCUUGAGGAUGCCUGUCGGGAUCAUCAGUUAACUGUGACCCCAAGCCUGUAUAGGGCAUGGGCCAGCGCCCCGGUGCACCAGCCUCUGGGCCUGGGUUGGGUUUUUUUUGUUUGUUUUUGUUUUUUUUGUUUGUUUGUUUUAAGCAGGACAAGAACAGAGUCCCCAGAGCGUCCAGGUGCAUUUAAGUCUGCAGCGGGUGUGUGUGUGUGUGUGUGUGUGUGUGUGUGUGUGUGUGUGGAUAUAGGGCCCUCUUGCCCUUUCUCUGGAGCCAUCUCCUGCCUUGAGUAUCCAACUCCCAGCCUCAGUUUACCCGAAAACCCCACCCUCACACCCAGUCAAAUUCCUCCUCUGUGGUUAGGGAACCUUAAGCGGACCUACAUUGGGGGUGGGGUUGUUCCCAGGAGAAAGGCGGGACCUGAUGGCCGGCCUAAGCCGGUUUGGCUGUUGGCUAUCCCCCGCUAAUAAUUCCCAGGCACCGAGGACCCAGGUCCCUUGACCACAGACUACCGUUCCGCCCCUCCAUACAUCACAUCCCUGCGCAAUGUGUGUUUGUGGGACUCGGCAUCCAGCGCUGAACCACGACCCCCAGCGCUGCCCGACUCUGGCCCGAGACCUUCUUGAGGCCCGCCGGCCACUAGCCCAUGAGUGCCUGGGGGAAGCUCUGCGAGUCAUGCGCCAGGUCAUCUCCAGAUAUCCACUGCUGAACACGGUGGAGACACUCACAGCCGCGGGGACACUCAUUGCCAAGGUCAAAGCCUUUCAUUACGAAUGCAACAAUGAAUCCGAUAAGAGGGAGUUUGAGAAGGCUCUGGAGACCAUUGCGGUGUCCUUCAGCUGCACUGUGUCCGAGUUCCUUUUGGGCGAGGUGGACAGCAGUACCCUCCUGGCCGUGCCUCCCGGGGACCCCAGCCAGUCCAUGGAGAACCUUUACGGGCCAGGCACCGAGGGGCCCACACACAGCGUGGACGAGUGCGAAGAAGGUUGCCUGCCCCCCGAGGAGGUGGACAUGCUUCUCCAGCGCUGUGAGGGGGGCGUGGACGCCGCCCUGCAGUAUGCAAAAGACAUGGCCAGGUACAUGAAGGACCUCAUCAGCUACCUGGAGAAGAGGACCGCCCUGGAGAUGGAGUUCGCCAAGGGUCUCCAGAAGGUCGUCCACAACUGCAGACAGAGCGUCACGCAGGAGCCCCACAUGCCUCUCCUGUCCAUCUACUCACUGGCUCUGGAACAAGAUCUGGAGUUCGGCCACGGCAUGGUGCAGGCGGUGGGCACGCUGCAGACCCAGACCUUCAUGCAGCCCCUGACCAUGCGGCGCUUGGAGCAUGAGAGACGCAGGAAGGAGAUCAAAGAAUCUUGGCAUCGCGCACAGAGGAAGCUGCAAGAGGCAGAGGCCAACCUGCGCAAGGCCAAACAGGGCUACAAACAGCGCUGUGAAGACCACGACAAGGCCCGGCUCCAGGUGGCCAAAGCGGAGGAGGAACAACAGGGCACGGGGCCAGGAGCGGGGACUGCGGCCUCCAAGGCCCUGGACAAGAGGAGGAGGCUGGAGGAAGAGACCAAAAACAAGGCCGAGGAGGCCAUGGCCACUUACCGCACAUGCGUGGCAGACGCCAAAACGCAGAAGCAGGAGCUGGAGGACACGAAGGUGACCGCGCUGCGACAGAUCCAGGAGGUCAUCAGACAGAGCGAUCAGACCAUUAAGUCGGCCACCAUCUCCUACUACCAGCUGAUGCACAUGCAGACAGCACCGCUGCCUGUGAACUUCCAGAUGCUGUGUGAGAGCAGCAAACUCUACGACCCGGGCCAACAGUACGCAUCCCACGUGCGUCAGCUGCAGCGAGGCGAGGAGCCCGACGUGCGCUACGACUUCGAGCCUUAUGUCUCCACCAACGCCUGGUCCCCAAUCAUGCGGACGCGGAAGGACAGCUUCAACCCUGGCGACGUUUCAGGACCCGAAGCUGCUGGCAGUCCCCCCGAGGAAAGUGGCGCCUCAGAGGGGGCUCCCAGCAAGGACCACAGGGGGGGACGAGGUCACCAGGUACAUAAGUCCUGGCCCAUCUCCAUCUCAGACACGGAAGUCGGUCUGGACGUCAGCUCAGGGGACUUGAAGAAGUUCGAUCGGACAUCGUCCAGUGGCACCAUGUCCUCUAGUGAGGAGCUGGUCGACCAGGAAGCCGGCUUGGUAGUCUCAGCCUUUGAUUCUGCUGACCUCAAUGGCAUGGACCCCGAGUUACCCGUGGCCAUGCCCAGUGGACCCUUCCGCCACGUAGGAUUGUCCAAAGCAGCCCGCACCCACCGACUUCGCAAGCUGCGCACGCCGGCCAAGUGCAGAGAGUGUAACAGCUAUGUGUACUUCCACGGAGCUGAAUGUGAAGAGUGCUGUCUGGCUUGUCACAAAAAGUGUUUGGAGACCCUGGCCAUCCAGUGUGGCCACAAGAAGCUUCAGGGCCGCCUGCAGCUAUUUGGACAAGACUUCAGCCAAGCGGCGCGCAGCACCCCCGAUGGGGUGCCAUUCAUCGUCAAAAAAUGUGUCUGUGAGAUUGAGCGGCGGGCACUGCAGACCAAGGGGAUCUACCGGGUCAAUGGCGUGAAGACGCGCGUGGAGAAGCUGUGCCAGGCCUUUGAGAAUGGCCAAGAACUGGUGGAGUUGUCCCAGGCCCCGCCCCACGACAUUAGCAACGUCCUAAAGCUAUACCUGCGGCAGCUACCGGAGCCCCUCAUCUCUUUUCGCUUCUACCAUGAGCUGGUGGGGCUAGCGAAGGACACCCUAAAGGCAGAGGCCGAAGCCAAGGCUGCGAGCCGGGGCCGGCAGGACGGGUCCGAGAGUGAGACUGCCACCUUGGCGAUGGUGGGCCGCCUGCGGGAGCUCAUGCGGGCUCUGCCAGCCGAAAACCGGGCCACACUCGUAUACCUGCUGAGGCACCUGCGAAGGAUCGUGGAAAUGGAGCAGGAUAACAAGAUGACCCCUGGGAACCUGGGCAUCGUUUUCGGGCCCACACUGCUGCGGCCUCGGCCCACCGAUGCCACCGUGUCCCUCUCUUCUCUGGUGGACUACCCCCACCAGGCCCGUGUCAUCGAGACUCUGAUUGUCCACUAUGGCCUGGUCUUUGAGGAGGAGCUAGAGGAGGCACCUGGCAGCCAGGAGGACGCGUCCACCCCGUGCGACCGGCCGCAGGCUGCUGAGGGCAUCGGCUUCCCGCUGCAGGAAGAGGCGGAGGAUGGAAGCCGAGAAUCUCAUGAGGCCUCCAAUGACUCGGACUCGGAGCUGGAAGAGGCCUCUGACCCGCUUUCAUCCUCGGACGCCAGCGCCCUGCACCGCCUCAGUUUCCUGGAGCAGACGGAGGCAGGCCUGGACGAAGGGCCCCAGAGUCACAGUGGCAGUGAGGAACAGCUGGAGGGUGAGGAUGGAGCCCUGGGCCAGCAGCUGGGUCACUUCAACACCAACCAGUCCAACAACACAGCACAGGCCCCGCUGCCUGCCAUGCGGCUCCGAGGCGGGCAGAUCACAGGUGGCACUGGUCAGAAGCGGUGGCCACAGUUUGUCUGAGCUGGGUGGCGAUGGGGGAGGGAGUUUCUCACAAUGCUGUGAAACUCCAGGGAGCCCAGGGUCCCCGGUACCGUGGACUCAGAUGGACAGUGGCCCAGAUGGAGUCUCCUGGCCUUUGUGCGCCUGUGCAGAUGCAGCUGCGGAUUCCCGUGACGCCCUCAUCUCUCCCACGGUCCCCGUCAGUCUAGAUGUGUCCGAGGGGGUGUGGCAUCGCGACG